UUCCUGGAAACUGAGGAGUGAGCUGGGAAGCUGCGGAGAGAUUCCACCCGGGCUCCACUUCCCCGCUCAGAGAACUCUUAUCUCAAACUUUGAGAAUAACACGAUAGCUGACUGUUAUCCAGAUUACCGUCACAGACUGGAAGUGCUUUCGUCCUGACAUGUUAUUUUGUGGAAAGUUUAAGCUACAGCAACAGUAGGUAUGGGCCGUGGAUGAAUGGUUUCUGUAUAAGGCAAACGAGACUAAACACACCUACUUGAAUCAACUCCCUCAUGAGCACCAACAUUUUUGGGAAUUUGUUUCAGUCAUGAGUGGAAAAGGCUGCCAGCUUUUGGUUUCCCCUUGCAGCGUGUCUCCAUCACUGAGCAUGAUUAGAGAGCACCAGUCCCAAUCCAUCAGGAUGCCUGUUUCUUCCCCUCAACUGGCCUGUCUCAGCCCCCCUUCAAGGAGAACAGAGAAAGCGAAAAGAGGGACUGUGCAUUCUUUAAACUCUGGGAAUCAAAGCGGAAGCCAUGUUGUUCUGCCAGCCCUUAGCCUCCGCAGACAGGUGUUGACCAAUGGAAAGCAGCUCACCGAGCCGACUGCACCCCCACAGCAGCAACUGUCUGGUCAACAUCAGCAGCAUACAGCAGUGCCACCAACAAAACCGACAAGACUCAAGUCCUCUAACAAAAGUUUCAAAGCAGAUUGUACAGUGUCUGGUUCCUCGUUGGAUGUAUUUGGCCAAGCAGCUCCUGGUAACCUAAUAGUGACCAGUAGUCCUAUGAGUAUUGCCUCACUCCAACACAGCACUGCAGGGCCUACAGUGCCUCAGCACGAAUCGUCUCUUUGUGGUCCAGUUCCUCACACUGAGACAAGAUCUUUACUGUCCAGAGAAUCCCUGGCAUCCACUACCCUCAGUCUGUUUGAAACGCAGUCAGUGUUUAGUGGCAGACAUGACUGGCCAUAUGGUUACCGUGUGCUUCCUCCACUGGGACUACCUCAGUACUCUACACAGGCCAACGAAGGCAUUGAACAGAUCAGCCUCUGCCCCGGCACAGCCAUGUCGGGCACAACCUUAUCAGGUGGCACAAGCACCUCUGCCUCCCUGCCCUCGUACCUCUUUGCAUGUGAUGUCGGGAGCCCAAAACAAUCUUGUGCAAAGAAAAGAGCUCUCUCCAUGUCACCUUUGUCAGAUGUCAUGGGUAUUGAUUUCAACUCUAUUAUACGCACCUCGCCUACCUCACUUGUGGCUUAUAUCAAUGGUUCCCGCAGCUCUCCAUCCUCCCACUCCACACUUUCACCUGUUCUCUCCGACGGUUAUGGUCACUUUCUGGGGGUGAGAGGUCGCUGCAUCCCCCAGAACCAUCCGUACAGCAUGCCAGGCCCUUCACGAGUUCCAGCUCCACAGUCAGAGUGUGGCCGCAUGCAGAUGCUUGAAGAGGGAGGGGGUCUGGAGAGUCAGAUGGCUAACAUGAUGGUGGAGCAGCAGUGUUUCCCAGAUGAAGGAGGGGUUCUGGAGAUUUCAGACAGCUGCAGCCAAACCACCAACAAUAUGCUGCCACCUCUACAGUUAGAGCCAGCUCUAUUGACUACUGUCCAAGAAGCUGCUACUCCACAUGGGCCUCCACCACCCUACCACGCACACCAACACAUCCACCUAUCUGGACAUUACUACAAAAUGAAACCCCCUUCUCAGAAUCCCGUUGCACAAGCUCACAUGCAUCCUCACAGACAGGGAGUGAGCUUUUUACCCCAAAUUCCAAUGCUGGAGGAGGAAGAAGGUGACCUGGAGGAGUAUGGCACCCAUUGCUGUAGGUGGAUGGAUUGCAGUGCAGUUUAUGACCAAAAGGAGGAGCUGGUAAGGCACAUAGAGAAGUUGCAUGUGGACCAGCGGAAGGCUGAGGAUUUCACAUGUUAUUGGGUGGGCUGCACCCGAAACUUCAAGCCCUUCAAUGCCCGAUACAAGCUUCUCAUCCACAUGAGGGUCCAUUCAGGAGAGAAACCCAACAAAUGCUCGUUUGAAGGCUGCAAAAAGGCUUUCUCUCGACUUGAAAAUCUGAAGAUCCACCUGCGCAGCCACACGGGAGAGAAACCCUAUCUGUGUCAGCACCCAGGUUGCCACAAGGCUUUCAGCAACUCAAGUGACAGGGCUAAACACCAGCGCACGCACCUGGACACAAAGCCAUAUGCGUGCCAGGUGCCUGGUUGUGCAAAGCGUUACACUGAUCCCAGUUCAUUGAGGAAACAUAUGAAAUCCCAUUCUACUAAAGAGCGACAGUUACGGAAAAAGAUGAAGUCCUCUGCUGAUGCAACCCAAGACACACUGACUGACUGCUUAACCAUCCACCCUCUACAUCUAAACCCUUCCCCUCUGGCAAGGCUAGACAACAACUUGAACCUAUCUCCCUGUGCCUCCCAUGAGUCAUACUCUGCUGCACCACAAGGACAAGACUGCUACAGCAGUCCUCACCUGACCCUGUUGUUUCCCUUACAAGAAAGCUACAGGUUUGUUGAUCCUUCCCCUCAUCAGCUCAUCUCCAGGGAUCCAUGUGGGCCUUGCUCAUCCACCUGCCUCCCGCAUCCUCCCAGUGGAUCAUCCCUGCACAACAACAGUGAUCUAAAGCUGCACGGCCAACCUCCUAAUGCAGCAGGUCACUGCUCAGGAUUUGGUGUCUGCAUUCAAGUUGAAGAUGCAUCUGCUAAUCAUGGAGAGGAUUACUUCACUGUGGUGGACCACAGCACAAGUGAAGCCUCCUGCAUCUAUACAGAGGGAUGACAGUACUCACACAGCCAUGUGGGUGUCUUACUUUUGCACUACUUUUUGUCCUUGAUCCCUUUAAAUGAAAUCUUUCUCAGCGAAGCAACCUAAAAGCAGGUCCAUUUAUCUAAAUAAAAAGAUAUUACAUGGUGAAAUAAUCUGAAAUCCUGACUAAUACAUAGAAAUGCAAAAAUUGAAUUUUUUGAUCCUCAUAGUUCUAUAAAUGUAAUAUCUGACUCAACAUACUGGCUUCUGCCACCACAAAUAAUGUAAUCACUGUCCCACAAGGUUUUAAUGUUUACUUCUCCGGGUUUUACACAGUUUCUGUAGUUGUACAUCAGGUAGUUUCUGGUGGUAUUUUGCACAAUGUCAACACAGCAAUCAAAGCAAAGUAAGCAAGGAAUCAUUUAUUAAGGUUUUUCUUAGAACCGUGUAACUAUAGUAACAGGACAGCUUUACCAUUUCACUGUGAUGUUCAUACUUGCUACCUGUUGUUUGAAUAUAGUUAGGUGCUAUGAUUGCUCCUGUGCAUAUCAUAAGGCAUCUUAGUGUAUGCAAUUAAAUUACUCUGAAUGUUCCUUGUUUGUUUUUUUAUUACAAAUUAUUAACAC